UUCAGUUGACUCACAUACCUUCAUACGGGAUACCGGAACCUUGCAGGCUGUCUACUUCUCUAUUUUACUUCUCUGUUUUUUUUUUCCCCCGUAACAAACCCAAGUCAGCGCAUCUGAAUUUGUGAGCUUCUGUUCAAACAGCAGACAUGUCAGUGAUUCUGUAUUAUGCCAGCGUGAGCAGUUCUGUGGAGCUGAAAAAGAAACAAGAGAGGAUCAUGUCCGUCCUGACAUCUAAGAAAAUUUCCUAUAAAGCCGUGGACAUUACUCAGAAUGCUCAGGACAAGGACUUAAUGAGGAAGAAGGCAGGCAACCCGGCUGCAAUGCCUCCACAAAUCUGCAAUGGGGACGUUUACUGUGGAGACUUUGAAGCGUUUGAAAAUGCAAUCGAGUGCGAAGAGUUGGAGAAAUUCCUCAAACUCUGAAGGAAAUGUUGGAUGUAGGACUCUUGAUGUUAUCCUGACGGGCUGAACAAACAAAUCAAUAAAAAAAUAUCAAUUUGUGUUUGAA